GGAGUUACACGUGUUUGCCAAAACUGCAAAGAAGAAGAAGAAGGAGCUACACGUGAUAUGUGUCUAACCUCCGUUCAAAAGCGAAAUAAAUUUAAUUAUAUUAUUUUGAAAGUUGUGUACAAAAAUGGCACGUAAAGCCGUGAAACGGAAACAAAGUAACUCGAAAUCGAAAGAAAAUGGAGAAAAUGUUGCAGAUAAUGCGAAGGAUUCUGGCACAGAAGAUUUGUUAGCAGUUCAUAUUAAUGACGAUGUGGAUUCCACAGAUGAAGAGAUAGAAGAAGAUGCAAAAAUACCUGAUUCAGAUACGGAGCAGGAUCAUGUUGUUUUUGUUUCUGAUGAUGAAGCUGAAAAUGUUGAAUCUGACAAUGUUGAAUCUGAAUCGGAUUACGAAUCUAUAGACGCUGAGGAUUUAGAAGAUUCUGAGGCAGACAGCAGUUCUGAUGAAGAAACACAAGAGAAACUGCAGACAAAACCAAAACUUGACAAGAGCAAUUUAAAGAAGAAAGAUAAGAGCAAAGAGCCUUUGGUAUCCAAAAGCAAAGCAUCGGCAAAAAAAGAUAUUGCGUCAAAAAAGAAAAGUAGUAAAAAUAUUAAAAGCUCUGCCGCAAAAACACAGACACAGAAGAGCGAUGACAAUGAAGAUGCGUCUGAGAAUGUAAAUGAGGAAGAUGAAUACGAGUACGAUAGUUCGGACGAGGAAGAUAUUCGCAACACAAUUGGAAAGAUACCAUUGAAGUGGUAUGACGAUUACGAUCACGUCGGUUACGAUUGGGAAGGUAAAAAAAUUCCGAAACCCGAAAAGGGUGACGAAUUGGAUAACUUUUUGAAGAGGAUGGAGAAUCCCGACUUCUGGAGGACAAUAAAAGAUCCUCAAACUGGCCGGGAUGUUGUAUUGAGCGAGGAAGACAUAGAUUUGAUCGUUAGAAUCCAAAAGCAAAAAAUACCCGAUGUUCAAUUCGACGAAUAUUCGCCGUGGGUAGAUUGGUUCACUUCUGAGGUGAUGAAAACUCCGCUUCGCAAGUUCCCCGAGCACAAACGUUCCUUUUUGCCAUCCAAAGUUGAAGCCAGAAAGGUGUCGAAAUUGGUGCACGCUCUCAAGAUGGGUUGGAUGAAGUCGACUGCCGAGAUGCAAAAGGAAAGAGAAAAAAAUCAAGGACCACAGUUCUACAUGUUGUGGCAGUCCGACGAUCAGUCGGAGGAAAUGCGCAGAAUUCACAAGCAUAUUCCAGCACCGAAGAGACACUUGCCCGGCCACGCGGAGAGUUACAAUCCGCCACCGGAGUAUUUGUUCGACGCUAAAGAGCUCAAGGAAUGGAACAAACUCAAGACGACACCGUGGAAGAGGAAAUUGCACUUUAUACCACAAAAAUACAGUUCACUUCGAGAAGUACCGGCGUAUUCUAAAUACAUCAAGGAGAGAUUCCAGAGAUGUUUGGAUCUGUAUCUGUGUCCACGAGCGUUUAAGAUGAGAUUGACGAUAGAACCCGAGGAUUUGGUGCCGCAACUGCCCAGUCCAAAGGAUUUGCAGCCGUUCCCGACAAGACUGUUCAUGAUUUACAAAGGCCACUCGGAUAUGGUCAGAAGCAUCAGCGCGGAACCCGAGGGUCAGUUCUUUGCAUCCGGUGGAGAUGACAUGUUAUUGAAAAUAUGGGAAGUGAAUACAGGCAGGUGUUUGAAAACAGUGCCGUGCGGCGGUAUUAUUCGAAGCGUUGCCUGGUGUCCGAACCAAGCGUUGUCCCUGAUAGCAGUUGCGGUUGAUAAGAAAGUUCUUUUGAUCAAUCCCGGAAUCGGGGAUGAUCAUGGUAACGACCAAACUGAUAAAAUCCUGUCUAUAAUACCGCAAAGUAACGUAAAAGUGUGCGAAAGAGUGCAAAGUGCGGUACAAUGGGAACAGGCGGAAGGAGAAAAUUGGAACAACGGAAUUAGAAUAAUUCUGAAUCAUUUUAAAAUUGUGAAGCAAGUUACGUGGCACGGAAAAGGGGAUUACUUUGCUAGCGUAAUGCCGGACGGUCAAAACAGAUCGGUAUUGAUCCAUCAAUUGUCCAAACGAAAAUCCCAAUUGCCCUUUAGCAAAUCGAAAGGAUUGAUACAGUGUGUUUUAUUCCAUCCAAUUAAAACGGUUUUAUUCGUUGCAACACAAAGGAAUGUACGAGUAUACAAUCUAAUGACUCAGGAAAUAAUUAAAAAAUUAUACUCCAAUUCGCAAUGGAUUUCAACAAUGGCUAUUCAUCCAAGAGGUGAUGACGUCUUAGUGGGAACGCACGAUCGCAAGAUGCUGUGGUUCGAUUUGGAUUUGAGUUCGAAACCUUAUCAAACGUUGCGAUUACACGGCACCGGUGUGCGCGCUGUGGCGUAUCACAAACGUUAUCCUUUGUUCGCCUCGGGAGCCGACGAUCGGGGACUCAUUGUAUCGCACGGAAUGGUGUACAACGAUCUUUUGCAAAGUGCGUUAAUCGUGCCGUUGAAGAGGUUGUGCAACCACGAGUCGUUCAAUGAUUUCGGCAUCCUUGACGUUACGUUCCAUCCCAUUGAGCCGUGGGUGUUCUCUGCGGGAGCGGAUUCUAACAUACUAAUGUACACAUAAAUAAAUAUAUGUUCAGAGAGAAAAUAUCGCUUCGUACAAAAUAUAUCACAAUUUCGUAAGAAAAAAUUAUACACUAUAUAUCGUCGUCACAUCCUCUUCUUUCAAAUUUUACGCAGAACUGGCGUUGUUGGUCUUAUACUCUCGUGUGGGUGUACAUGUAUAAAAAAGUGCUUAUAAUAUAUAAAUAAUACUAAGUUGGACAAUUGCACGUAUUUAACAAAAUUAUAGGAACUUGUAAUGCUCACAUUCGUCAAAAGUUACGUUUUUAUCUGUGUAAGACGUAUAAAUAUUUUUUUUUUUAACGAAUUGCAUUUGCGUGUGCGAAGCGUGCGAUGCUUUUCUUCCGUACCGGAAAUGCGACCGUCACGAUUUGAAAAAACUUUUUUUUUUUUCAAUCACUACUGCGUCGAUUCCAACUUGGCGUGAAAAAAAAAAACCUCGUUCUGUAACUCGCAACGAUAAAUUCGUUGACGAAACGAAUGCGGUGUUGUGUGAUACAUUUUGUCUGCGCAAAGACAAAGUAUUCGGGGAGCGCGUUAACCGCGCUAUUGCGUCAUUCUGUCUUUGUUUCACGUCCGACGAGAGAUAAAGAUGGAACGAUACAAUAGCGCGGACAGAGCGCGUUCCUCGAACGCAGUCGAGACGUAUUCUCGUUAAAAGUUACAGAAUGGGACCGCUAGUAUCGCCACGAAACCGUGAGGGUAUAUUACGAGGAAGAUUAUCAAAGACGGUGUGGAAGUAAUCGAGUCAAAAUUAUUUCAGAGGAUUCGCAUGCAAAAAUUACGACGUAACAAUAUCUUUUGUAUCUUCUCUGUGUGUCUGUAUGGGUUGUUUU